AUGUCCUCCUCCUCAAAAUACUUCAUGAAACCAAACACCAACAAACUCAUCGUUCCGCCGAGCUACCUGCCAGAGUCGUACCGCAAGGACAUCAGCACCAGCAAACACAAACUCAUCGACCUCAGUACCACCAGCCCACCCCUGCCGGCCAGUAACAAGACCCUCGUCCCAGAAUCAGAGGACUCGGAUGCCGAGGGGAGCAUCGAAUCUCAGAACGAUAAGAUCAAGAAGAAGACGCGUCGAAUCGCGCUCGAGAGCUCCGAGGAGGAGCAGGAGAAAGAAAUAGAAGCCCAGCCACGGCCGGCGAGAAGGACGAGGAGGAAGAUCGACUCAGAUGACUCGGACGAGCAGAUCUCAAUCAUCGCCCCAGUCGGCAGCAAGAAGUCGGCCAACAAACGGCCCAGGCUGGCCUCCAGCUCGGCCAGCGAGUCCGACUCGGACCCAGACUGCAGCAUCGCCGUCAUCUCCCGCCCCAAGACUCGGCCGACAACCAAGAAGCUCAGACGGAAGAUCGACCUCGGCUCAGAUGAUGAUCAGGAAGCAAACCUCGACUCGGAACAGGACGAAUGGAAACGUGCACGCUCCGAGGCCGGCUCGGAUGAGGACGACCACCACCAUCAGAGAGUCUCCGAGGACGACGCGAUCCGGUUCUUCAACUCGUGCGACGUGGCCGAUCUGCCAGCUGUCACUGCUUGCACAUUGGAACAGGCCAAGAUGAUCGUAGGCUGCCGACCGUUCAAGGACGCCGAAGAUAUGCGAUCUAAACUCCGAAAGAAGAAGGGCGUCAAUUCAGGAAUCUUGACCCACUACCAAGACAUGAUGAAAGGCUACUUCGAAGUCGAUCGAGUGCUGAGUAAAUGUGAAAAGCAUGGACAAGAUCUGUCCUCGAUCAUGAAUAUCUGGGCGGGUCGAGUACAAUCAUCAAGUGAGACAGGCAAGACCGAGGAAGAGGGCGCGACGGAUCUGGUUGAUCAUCUGACGGAUGCCCAAGGGCUGAGGACAGAAGAAGAGAGGAAAGCGUUUGCGGACUAUAUCUAUAGACAGCCCCCGUCAGUGCCCAAGAAGAUCACGCUCAAGUCGUACCAGAUGUUGGGGAUCAACUGGAUGAAUCUGCUCUACUCGAAAGGCCUCUCAUGUAUCCUGGCCGACGAGAUGGGGCUGGGCAAGACGGCGCAGGUGGUGUGCUUCCUCUCCCAGCUGAAGCUUGCCGGCCAGCCGGGCCCUCAUCUAGUGGUUGUUCCCUCGUCGACACUCGAGAACUGGAAGCGGGAGUUCGGCAACUUCAGCUCGAACCUGGUCGUCCGGGAGUACUACGGCUCCCAGAUGGAGCGGAUGGAGCUGCGCUACGAGUUGAAGGCGAUGCCAGAUCUCGACGUGGUGAUCACAACCUAUAACAUCGCGACGGGGACGGUGGAGGACCGGAAGUUCCUCGACCGGAUGCGCUUCGAUGCCUGCGUCUACGACGAGGGCCAUCAGCUCAAGAACUCGCAGUCAAAGCGGUACAAGGACCUGAUGCGGAUGCAAGUCGGGUGGCGACUCCUGCUCACGGGGACCCCGCUGCAGAACAACCUUCAGGAACUGGUCUCCCUGCUCAGCUUCAUCCUGCCCAAGAUCUUCGGCGGCCAAGCGCAGCAAGACCUCCGGAUGAUCUUCAAGGUGCCCUCGGAGGCCCAGGUGAAUCUGCUCGCUCAGACAAGGAUCACCCGGGCCAAGAAGAUGAUGAGUCCGUUCGUGCUCCGUCGGAAGAAAACUCAGGUGCUCAAGGAGCUCCCCCGCAAGAUCGAGAAGGUCGUCUACUGCGACCUCGAGCCCAGCCAAGCCGAGGCCUACAACCAACUCGUCAAGAAGAGCAAGAAGUAUCUCAUCAACUCAUCCGUCGAUGAAGACUUCGAACACUUGGAGGAAGAAGAGGAAAUCGCAGGCUUCAAGAAGAACGGCCUGUUAGGAGGCAAUGGCACUGCCACCGGAAAGAAAAGCCCGGGCAAGAAAGCGAUUGCGAAUUCGACGACGAACGUGUUGAUGGAGCUCCGCAAAGUCUCGAACCACCCCUUACUGUUCCGACGCCAAUACGACGAAACAAUGCUCCGGAAGAUCGCGAAGGGGUGUCUGAACGAGGUGUCGUUCUUCGACUGUUCGGUGGACCUGAUCGUCGAGGAUCUCGAGGUGAUGUCGGACUACGAGAUAGACUAUUUCUGCGGCCAGUACAAGUCCCUCCGGCGCUUCCAACUGCCCAGAGACGAGUUCUUCAACUCGGGUAAAGUUAAGACUCUCCAGCAUCUCCUCGGCCUCAACAAGCACUCGGACACUGGUGAUGGAAAACAGCCGCCGAAACCAAGCGAUAGUCGCUUUCUCAUCUUCAGCCAGUUCACGCAGAUGCUCGAUAUCCUGAAGGUCGUCCUCACUCUUCUCAACGUGAAAUUUGUGGUCCUGACGGGCCAAACAAACGUGACGGAGCGGCAAUCCUUGGUGGAUGAAUUCACCCAAGACCCCACCAUCACCGUCUUCCUGUUAUCGACGCGGGCCGGCGGGCUGGGUCUGAACUUGAUGGCGGCAGACACAGUGAUCCUGUUCGACCAGGACUUCAACCCCCACAACGACCGACAGGCGGAGGACCGGGCCUAUCGACUGGGCCAGACCCGCGACGUGACCGUCUACAAGCUCAUCUCGAAGGGCACCAUCGAGGAGGACAUCUUGCAGCUCGCGGCGACGAAGAUCGAGAUCGAUAACUCGAUCUCCAACAACCCCGGCCCUUCCACCACGGCCUCCGACCCCCUCGCCGUCCCUGGGCCUCCCGCCGACCCCUCUUCUUCCGCUGCUGCUGCCGCAAAAGACGGUCCCCCGGAGCCGCUCCCCCUGUUCACCCAGGCGUCACAGGCUGGGGCCGACGCUUCGGUCAAGAAAUCGCUCAUCCAUCGGUUCAGGACCCGGGUCUUGUCCGCCGCUGCUGAUUCGUAA